AUGUCAAAUCUACGUCCACAUGUAUCAACAGAAACUUCAAAUCCGUCUACAUCAGGCCUUCAAACUAUUGACCCGGCAGACAGGGACAGCAUGAGAAAAAAUGAAGAGGACACAAGCAAUGAAAAAGAAAAUGAAGGGUCCCUCUCCGACUGGAUAUCUGGAGGGCCGAUCGGCUCGAAGGGAGCUGUUCUCGUCUUCAGAUCAUGUGUCCUAGCGUCCAGAUCUCCAUCCAUGGAAUCCACUACGAAAACCAUAGGCAAUAAUACUGGUACAACGAUAUUAUUAAACAAAGCCAAGAAUAUGGCGAAAAGACUGGUAGCUGAGCCCCAUUCCUUUAGUGUAAGACCAAAAACAAUAAUGCAUGAUGUUAUGGAAACAUUUGGUACUAGUAAUAAGUUCUCAGGACAGGCUUAUGUCGUCCGACAUGUUAGUGAAACAGAUAUACCAGAGACAAUAUCUGUUGAGGAGCAAGGCCAUGAGCCGGUUGAACAUAAGAGAGAUAUUGAAGAUGUACUCAAUGAUCUCAACAAGAUCACUUUAAAGAAACACCUCAAUAUAGAAAAUACGACAGCCAAUAUAAAACCACCCGAGGAGCCCCCUCCUCUUACCAAAGACACAAAAGAAGAUAAGAAAGCUAAAAAGAAUAAAUGUAAGAGUAAAAGAAAGAAUCCCCAGAUGCAUCGCGUGCCGUCGUCGCAGUUUGACAGCGACGACUCUGAACAUAUGCUUGUGAAGGAAGUCGAUAGUAUUAAGGUCCUGGACAGCAACCACAUGCCGGCCCGUGUACUGAAGAUCACGUACAAGCUCGUGAAUACGGAAACUAAGCUCCUACACAGGCUGCUGCAGGCUCAUGGUCUCCAGGAGGCGAUCCCUGAUGCCAAAGACUUUAACCUUCUAUGGGCUGGUCUGCAUCCAAAGCCUGACGUCUUGAGGUCGCUCUCCCCAUACCAGAGGGUGAAUCAUUUUCCUAGAUCAUACGAGCUAACUCGCAAAGACAAACUGUUCAAGAACAUUGAGAAGAUGCAGUACUUCCGAGGGUUGAAGCACUUCGAUUUCAUACCGACGACGUUUCUGAUGCCCGCCGAGUACAAGGAGCUGUGUUCCACCCACUACAGGACGAAGGGCCCGUGGAUAGUGAAGCCGGCUGCUUCUAGCAGGGGCAGGGGGAUCUAUAUUGUCAAUACGCCCGAGCAAAUACCCAAAGGCGAGAAUGUAGUGGUAGCGAAGUAUAUUGACAAGCCCCUCCUAAUAGGGGGCCAUAAGUGUGACCUUCGGCUGUACGUGUGCGUCACAUCUAUAGACCCCCUACUCAUAUAUCUCUACGAAGAGGGUCUGGUCCGAUUCGCCACAGUCAAAUACGAUAAGACCAACAAGAAUUUGUGGAACCCGUGCAUGCAUCUGUGUAACUACAGCAUCAAUAAAUACCACACAGAUUAUAUCAAAUGUGAUGACCCAAACGCGGGUAAUAUCGGCCACAAGUGGACGCUGUCAGCUUUACUGCGCCACCUCCGCAAGCAGGGCCGGAACACCACCGCGCUGAUGGCCGCCAUUGAGGACCUGGUCGUCAAGUCUAUACUGUCCUCGGCGCAGACCAUAACGGCUGCCGCCAGGGUGUUCGUGCCCAAUUUCUUCAACUGUUUCGAAUUAUUCGGCUAUGACAUCCUUAUUGAUGAUAUGCUGAAGCCUUGGCUACUUGAAAUUAAUUUGUCUCCAAGCCUGGCGUGCGAGAGUCCGCUGGACGCGCGCGUGAAGUCCGCGCUGGUGGCCGACACCCUCACGCUGGUGGGGCUGCCCGCGCUCACACACAACCACCACCUCGCGCCGCUCAACUCCCUCAAGAUGAGAAUCGGCGCCUGCCGGCGCGUACACUCCGCGGAGAACAUGUGCGUGCGCGGCAAGCAACCGGCUGGUACUGGCGGUACUGGCGGUACUGGUACUGGUAGUACAGGUACUGGAGGAGGAGGCCCCGCUCUGACCGGCGAAGAAGCGCGUCUGGUGCGUGCGGUGCGGGCGCAGUACUCGCGUCGUGGAGGCUUCGUGCGGAUAUUCCCCAGCCAGAACUCCUGGCAGAAGUAUUCGCAGUACCUAGAUCCUGUGACCGGCGUGCCGGUGUGCUCGACGUCGCUGAACAACAACGUGCCGUACCAGGUGGUGCAGCACAACUACAACCUGCUGGUGCACGCGCACGUGUUGCCGCACUUCCAACACGCCACCGUCGCCACCAGCCUCACAGACACGCCGCAGAGGCUACAGCGGUACGAGGCGGUGCUGGUGACGUCGACGGCGCCCGCCGUCAACCUGCAGGAACCGUCGCCACGUGCCGCCGCCACCACCACCACCACCACCACCGCCGCUGGUGACCAGCGCCACGCCAAGCUGCUCAUCAAACGGCAGCUGCGGGACGGACUGCGGCUCACCACGGGCGAGGGUCGUCGCGCGUUCGGCCUGUUCCUGACGCACGUGCUGAAGCGCGUGUCGUGUCCGGCCAACGAGCUGGCCGUGCAGCACGCCGCGCUCGUGCUGCGCUUCCUGCGCCGCGCCUGCAGCUCGCUCCGGAUGCCCUACAAUGGUCCGCCAGCGAAGAUGUGUGAUAAAGACCGGUGCGCGGUGAUUGCGAAGCAGCUGAACGACUUCCUCUACAUGUAUUACCGCGAGACGGACCUCUACACGGACAGCGAGGACCGCGACGGCUGCGUCUCCGACAUACACUUCGCGCAGUUCCUCUACUCCGCCAGCGAGGCGGACCUGGAAGACGUGCUGCUGCUGGUGCUGAAGAUGGAGAACUACGUGACCACGUUCCUGGGAGACAGCCGCAACCCGUUCUGCGUGGACCUGCCUCCGUCGCGGCUGAGCGUGGAGUCCCCCGCACGACACACGCUGCUCAAACACCUCGCCUCGCUGUCGCCCGUCAACACCAGGCGGUACAGACCACUGCCAGAGUCGCAAAGCCGCUCCGAAUCUGAAGAACCGGCCGGCUCGGAACAGGACGUGCCUCCGCCGCCGUACACCAGCUCGGACCUCGUCCUCAAAGAUUCCCUCAAGGAGGAGAAGCCUCUCAACAUGGCCCUCAAAUAUGCGAGAUCCUAGCGGUAAACUGAAUCAAUAUAACGAUCAUUUAUAUAUUGAAAAAAAUUAAAUGCACACUUGUUAUCUUGUUCCCUUAUGCCACCAAUUUUGGUGACAGUUUCAAAUGUCACCUUUAAAACAGAAAUUAACAGUCGCCGAAUGAAGAAAACAAUUACAUUAGUUAUUUAUUUCAGAACGAACUUUCUGUUUCGGCUACUUUUAGUAUGUUUAAAGAAAAGUCAAUAAUAACCGUAUGGAAUACAAGCCAUGUUACUAGCCAGAAAUCUAGCUUACUUCAGGUGACAAUUUUUUAAAAAUAGAUUAUGUUUUAACCACUAAUAACAAAGAAAUAUAUACCAAAACUAAAAUGUUACCAUAUUAAAAUAUUAACAUAGAUAAAUAAACAUUCAUUGUCAUUCUGUAGGCUAUGAUUAAUUGUGCAUCUUGAUUUUUUUAUAUAUCAAUGAUCAUACAUUUAACAAGUGCAAUCAAAUAUAUAAUUUUAGUUGACCGUGACUAUACCAAGCAAAUUACACGUCCACGUGUAUAAACAUAACUUCACAUCACCAAAAUGUAUAAUAAUAUUGAUCUCUGGUGGAAAUAGACUUAUGCAAUAUUAAAUUAAAUAAAAACAGAGUGUUGAUAGUCCGCCAGCUUUACGACCGUUGAAACAUUCUAUAAUUUGUGAUUUAUAUACUUAUUUAACAAUACUUAACGGACGUACAAAUUUAUAUUCCAUUUUAUUUUUUAUAUUUUAACUUGAAAAGUGUUUUAAGUAAUAAAAAUUGGGACUAAAGGGAGUUAAAGGAAUAAAUUGGCUGUCGAAAUAUAAAUUAAGCAGAUUUUAAAAAUUAAUGGGUAGUAGGGACAUCUAUAUAUAAAGCAAAUAUACACAGAACAAAUCCAUAGAGAGGAGACUUGAACUGGACCAAAAGAGAUAAAAAUGUCUACAGUGGAUUUUUGUUUGUGUAAUAUCAAACUUUUUUUUUUGUAUAAGGGGCCGUACAUUAAUCACGUGAUUUUUUUAGCAUUUUAGUCCCGUCUCCCCUUGGUGAUACGGGGUGCGUUUUAAAAUUAACCCACCCACCCUUAAUCGCGUGUUUUUAG